GAUUGGUGGUUAAAUGACAUGUACCUGUCUGUGCCUCUGGCUUUACCAAUUAAUAGCAAUCCUGGGCUUGCAGCGAAGUCCAGGACAUUUAGCACCCAAAAAGAAGCUGCUGUGUUCCUCGCCAGAUUUCUCACAGAGCUGCUUAACUAUCAAGAAGUAUUAGAUAGUUCCAGUUUGGAAGUCGAGCAAGUGAAAUCCAAGGAUGGAAAAACUAUGCAACCACUGUGCAUGGCCCAGCAUUAUCAAAUGUAUCGAAUAUACCGGCGUCCAGGGAUAAAAGGUGACGAACAAGUCAUUCUUGAUAGAACCACGUCUGGAAAUCAUAUCAUCUUUGCUCAUCACAAUCAAUUUUAUAGCGUGCCCGUUAGGGCUCCCGAUCGAGGUCGUAUAACCGAAGAUGAAUUAGUCCAACAAAUUUUAAAAAUUAUGGGAACUAAGGCAGACCCUAGAACUCCACCAGUUGGUAUUCUGACAACCAUGAAAAGACCAGCUUGGGCAAAGGCAAGAGAUGAAUUACUCAAACACGAGCAAAACCGACACAAUCUGGAGCUUCUGGAGAGGUGUCUCUGCGUGGUGUGCAUCGACGACGACAUACUACCUGCGACGUUCAACAAUUCCCUAAAGAAAGAGGAUCGGUGGAUCGGCGAUCGAGAUUACGCCAAUGUACUCCAUCAUGUUCUCCAUGGUGGUGGUUCCAGACAUUUGGGUGCGAACCGUUGGUUCGAUAAAACUUUCCACGCUAUUCUUGGCAAGGAUGGAAUGUGGGGCAUGAACUACGAGCAUUCGGCUGGCGAAGGUCCAGCGAUUUUUAUCACGUUCGAGGAAUUAACAGAAAAAGUUGAUGCCAUGUCUCCACCUGAAGAGAACACGGUACCAUCGCAUUUACCUGCACCAGAAAAGCUUGAGUGGUACCUAUCCGAACAAACUCUCAACGACAUUAGGGAUGCAAUGAUAUCCUUCGACACAUUGGUAGAGGACUUGGACAUUUGUAUAUUGUGGUUCCAAGAAUAUUCAAAGGAUUUCAUAAAAUCACACAGAAUCAGUCCAGAUGUUUAUAUACAACUAGCAUUACAGUUCACCCAUUUUAGGCUUCAUGGAAACUUGGUAGCAACUUACGAGAGCGCAGGUAUUCGAAGAUUUGCACUAGGAAGAGUGGAUUGCAUAAGGGCAGCUAGUCCUGAGGCCCUAGCCUGGGCGAUGGCCAUGUGUCAAGGGGAUCCUGAAAAUCAAUCCGCGAAUCAGCAGAAUAGCAACCUAGAAGAAGGCACCAAAAGAGUUCAGUUCACCAUUUACAGUGAGGAAAGAAUCAAGGAGCUGUUCGACUUAGCGGUACAAAGGCAGACUAAGGAAAUGAAUGACAACAUAAACGGUCAUGGAAUUGACAACCACUUAAUGGGACUCCGUUACGCUGCACAGGAAGCUGGAGAACCGGUCCCGGAUAUCUUCACGGAUCAGGCUUAUAAGAUCGUCAAUCAUUUCGCCCUCUCCACAUCACAAGUGAGUAAUAAUAAUAAAUAA